CUGCCGCCAUUUUCACCGCUGUCGCGCUCGAGCCUGCUCUCCGCUCUUAAAGGGGCCGCGUCGCCUCUUUAGGGUUUUUUAUUCAGUUUUCCGAGCGCCUCCGCGCCGUCCGGGUGGGUCCGAGCCCCCCCGCCACACUCCGCCGCCGCCAUGAGGGAGAUCGUCCACAUCCAGGCGGGCCAAUGCGGCAACCAGAUCGGCGCCAAGUUCUGGGAGGUGAUCAGUGACGAGCACGGCAUCGACCCCACGGGCACCUACCAUGGGGACAGCGACCUGCAGCUGGACCGCAUCAGCGUCUACUACAACGAGGCCACAGGGGGCAAAUACGUGCCCAGGGCCAUCCUGGUGGAUCUGGAGCCUGGCACGAUGGACUCGGUGCGCUCCGGCCCCUUCGGGCAGAUCUUCAGGCCUGACAACUUCGUGUUUGGCCAAAGCGGUGCCGGCAACAACUGGGCCAAGGGUCACUACACAGAGGGCGCCGAGCUGGUGGACUCGGUGCUGGACGUGGUGCGCAAGGAGGCCGAGAGCUGCGACUGCCUGCAGGGCUUCCAGCUGACCCACUCCCUGGGCGGCGGCACCGGCUCGGGCAUGGGCACGCUGCUCAUCUCCAAGAUCCGCGAGGAGUACCCCGACCGCAUCAUGAACACCUUCAGCGUGGUGCCGUCGCCCAAGGUGUCGGACACGGUGGUGGAGCCCUACAACGCCACGCUGUCCGUGCACCAGCUGGUGGAGAACACGGACGAGACCUACUGCAUCGACAACGAGGCGCUCUACGACAUCUGCUUCCGCACCCUCAAGCUGACCACGCCCACCUACGGCGACCUCAACCACCUGGUGUCGGCCACCAUGAGCGGCGUCACCACCUGCCUGCGCUUCCCCGGGCAGCUCAACGCCGACCUGCGCAAGCUGGCCGUCAACAUGGUGCCCUUCCCGCGGCUGCACUUCUUCAUGCCCGGCUUCGCGCCGCUGACCUCGCGGGGCAGCCAGCAGUACCGCGCCCUCACCGUGCCCGAGCUCACCCAGCAGGUCUUCGACGCCAAGAACAUGAUGGCCGCCUGCGACCCGCGGCACGGCCGCUACCUGACGGUGGCCGCCGUCUUCCGUGGCCGCAUGUCCAUGAAGGAGGUGGACGAGCAGAUGCUCAACGUGCAGAACAAGAACAGCUCCUACUUCGUGGAGUGGAUCCCCAACAACGUGAAGACGGCCGUGUGCGACAUCCCGCCGCGCGGCCUCAAGAUGGCCGUCACCUUCAUCGGCAACAGCACGGCCAUCCAGGAGCUCUUCAAGCGCAUCUCGGAGCAGUUCACGGCCAUGUUCCGGCGCAAGGCCUUCCUGCACUGGUACACGGGCGAGGGCAUGGACGAGAUGGAGUUCACCGAGGCCGAGAGCAACAUGAACGACCUGGUGUCCGAGUACCAGCAGUACCAGGACGCCACGGCCGAGGAGGAGGAGGAUUUCGGCGAGGAGGCCGAAGAGGAGGCCUGAGGGGUUUCUCCAGAGGUCCUGAUCCUCGGCAGUGUUGCUCCUCCCCUUCCCGGUGUGUUGUCCAAGUGAGGCGUCAACCGGUGGGCGGCGCCUUCGGUGUCAUCAUCAUUGUCCUUCAUCAUCGUCAGUGUUGGCCUUGGUCAUCGGCGGCGGCAGCGGAGUCCCCACCCGACCUUCAGCGUUGCCCUCACGGUCUUCAACCUUCAUCAUCGUCGUCCUGGAAGAGUCCCCAGCCUUCAGCAUUGUCCUCAUGGUCCCCAGGCUUCACCGUCACUGCAGAGUCCCCAAUCUUCAUCAUCGUCAUCCUUGAAAGGUCUCCAGUCUUGAUCAUGGUCAGAGCUCCCCACUUCUGUCGUCUUCAUCUUUAAAGAGUUCCCAAUUUUCAGCAGCACUGAAGAGUUC